GAAAUGUAUUAUCUUUAACUUCCGUGUUGUGUCAAAAGUCGAUUUUCCAGAAAAAUACCGUUUUAUUUAUGAUCUUAGUCAAAACAUCUAGAAUUAAACCAUGAUUCACAGUCUAUUUAUCAUAAAUAAUACCGGUGAUGUGUUUAUGGAAAAGCAUUGGAAGAGUGUAAUACACAAGUCUAUAUGUGAUUAUUUCUUUGAAGCACAAACGAAGGCAGGUUCAGUAGAUGAUGUUCCACCUAUUAUACCAACACCUCAUCAUUACCUGAUCAACAUUUACAGAAACCAGCUCUACUAUGUUGCUGUUGUUACAACAGAGGUGCCUCCACUGUUUGUGAUAGAGUUCCUACAUCGUGUGGUGGACACCUUUGAGGACUACUUUCAGGGAUGUAGUGAGAGCAUUCUCAAGGAGUACUAUGUCAUUGUGUAUGAGCUCCUAGAUGAGAUGUUAGACAAUGGUUUUCCACUCGCUGUGGAAUCAAAUAUUCUCAAGGAAUUGAUAAAACCAAAUUUCCUGAGAACAAUCACAGAUACUAUUACUGGAAAAAGAACUUACAGUGUUGGAGCCACUUUACCAACAGGUCAGCUGUCAAAUGUUCCAUGGAGACGUACUGGAGUAAAGUAUACAAAUAAUGAGGCAUACUUCGAUGUCAUAGAAGAGAUAGAUGCUAUAAUAGACAAGUCGGGAACAACUGUUAUAGCAGAAAUACAGGGAUAUAUUGACUGUUUAGUGAAGCUGUCAGGGAUGCCAGAUUUGACCUUGACUUUUAUUAACCCUCGUCUUCUAGAUGAUAUCAGCUUUCAUCCUUGCAUCAGAUUUAAAAGAUGGGAGAAUGAGAAAAUUUUGUCAUUUGUACCUCCAGAUGGAAACUUCAGACUUCUGUCAUACCAUAUAGGCUCAAACAAUAUGGUAGCAAUUCCAGUGUAUGUGAAACAUAAUAUAUUCUACAGAGAGGGUAGUUCAGGAAGAUUUGAUGUUUCUAUAGGUGCUAAAUCAACCAUGGGCAAAACUGUUGAGAGUUUGGUAUUGGAGUGUCCCUUCCCAAAGUCUGUAUUGAAUGUGACCUUGACCCCAAAUCAAGGUAAAUAUACAUUUGAUCCCACAACAAAGUUGAUGAGCUGGGAUGUAGGUCGACUAGAUCCAACUAAGACGCCAAAUAUCAAAGGAACAAUUAACUUACAGACAGGCUGUCCAGUCCCAGAAAGCAACCCAACAUUAUCUCUACAGUUUACCAUUAGUACUCUGGCAAUCUCAGGGAUAAAGGUCAAUAGACUGGAUAUGUAUGGAGAGAAAUACAAGCCAUUUAAAGGUGUAAAAUAUAUAACCAAAGCUGGAAAAUUUCAAGUGCGGACAUAACAAUAGUGCUUAGGGCUAGUGCAAUAGUGAAAAUAAACUUACUACGGAGAAAUAUACAUUUUAACGACAGACAAUAUAUGUAUUUAUUAAAACUGAAACUUCUUGUUUUAUAUUGUUUUUGGUGUUGAGACAAGUGUUUGAAUUGUGACAAAAUGAAGAGUCUGAAUCUAUGAAUAAUAAUGAGCUAUAAAUAAAUGAGUUCUGAUUGGUCGGAAUGACCACUUUUUGCGCAUAAUACCACUUGGUAUUGCACAAAUUUAGUUUGAUAUUGAAGACAUGUGCAUCAGAUUAUGAUAUUGCGCAGGUCAAACUGGCCAUGGAGAAUUUAUAUUUGAGCCACGCAGUCUGGUCAGGAUCCAUGCUGUUUGCUUUUAAAGCCUAUUGGAAUUGGAGAAACUGAUAGCGAACAGCAUGGAUCCUGACCAGACUGUGCGGAUGUGCAGGCUGGUCUGGAUCCAUGCUGGUCGCAAACCCACUAUGUUGGUUUUCUCAUGACGCGGCUCAUUUAUACUUCAUAUCUAAAAAUAGUUAAAGACAUUAUUAUGAUUGACCUGCAUUAAUGUUUAAAUUUUUUUUGAUAAUUGUAAAAGAAGUUAUGAAUCAUUUGUUGUAUAUUUCCCACCUUUUGUUAUUCUUGUUUUUAGUCUGUUAAUUACUGGUGUUAUUUUAUGACUACUAAAUUCUGCUUAUCUUAUUGGUCAGUAACUGGUCACAUGGAGGUCUAUAGAAAGUGAUAUCUACUGCAAAAAUGAUAUUCUUGUAAAACAUUAGGGGAAAAAACUUUCCACUUGAACAGAACAAAAUGAAAUGAAGAUCUGUUAUUAUUAAUAAAGGGGCAUACCUCCAGGUUUGUGUCAGUUUUUUUCCAAAUUUAGAAAACGCUUUUGUUAGUACAUUUGUAAUUGUAUAAAAAAUGUAAAAGGAAGUGAUGGAGUGAGGUCUUGGCAAUAUAAUUAUUUAUAAAAAUUAAAACGAAUUGAAUUACAACUUGUAUUGUAAAACAUGCACUUCUAUUUUAAAGUGGUGUACCUGUAUUGACAAAUCGGCAGGUUAACAUAUUCUUCAUAUGCAAUUUUGGCAUUUUCCUUUGGAAAGGCCUCUGGAAGGCCAUGUAUGUGUUAAGUCACAUUUAGUUCUAAAGAAUGAAGAAUUGAAUAACGAGAGUACAUAAUCAGAUGGAACUUGCCGAGUGUCAUUACUGGUGCACUACCUUUGCUAAAAAAAAUUCAGGAAACGUCCUGAUAAUCCUUAGAUGUUUCCAUUUGUUUAGAAACAUUCAGAUGUUAACAUAGAAGCAAGUUCCUUUUGAAAUUAGUUUUUAGGAUUCAAAGUACAGUUACCACUCACUCAAGUUGUAACCUUUAUCAUGCUGGACAAGUUUGCUUCUGCCUUUGCGACCAGUGUAGAUCAUGAUCAGCCUGCACAUCCGUGCAGUCUGAUCAUGAUCUGCACUGUUCGUCACUCAGUCAGUAUCUUUUUGGGAAGCACCCCUUUUAACAGUUAAUGGUACUGUCCAAAUUGAAAGAUGGACAAGUUCAUUAUAGAAAUUUUGCAGUGUAAGGGUUAAUAGUUUGAGCAUCAAGGCUGACUCCAGCAAUUAAAGUGAUCCCUGAACAUUUUGCUUAUAUUUUCUAUGUUUGGAUCUCUCAAAACACUGUAUAACUCGAGCUUUUUCAUCAAAACCAUGGAUAACCCAUGCGUUUUACUCAGCCCCUUGGGACCAAGAGUGAUUGGUGCUUUACUGUACAUUGUAUGAAACAAAGGUUGAUAAAAAAAAGCAUUUUCUUACCAUUAAGAAACAGGCAAAUACAUUUGAAUGAUAUUGUGAGAAGAUGAUCACUGAUGUGAAAAUGAAAUAUAUGUAAUAAUUAAAAUUUAUAAAAUAGAA